UAUUUCAAGCACCAUCUUUAUUUUUUACCCCCCGUCUCCAUUUAUUUUGAUGGGGUGGUAUUUGGUCCGAGUCUGUCCAGUCACCUUGACAACAUUGGCCCAAUGACAGCGCACACGCGAACUAGGCCAGCCAAUCAGAGGCGGCCCCCACAAAGCUGCGCAUCGCGCGCACAUGCACUCACGCGGGCACGUAUAUUCUGUUUUUUUUUUCUCUCGCCAUCCAUGCGCACGCAAGUGACAUGAGGAGCGUCACUACCAUGCUUGUGUUCCUUGUCCGAGUUGUGCAAGGAGCGCUGAUCAAGCAGCAGCCUCCCCAGGAGCCGGGUUGCCCGGCCUGACUCGGCGUUUUCUCCCCGGUGACAGCGGAGGCCAACUCGUCGCAUCUUCCCAAAUCCUCCUCCUCCUCUUCGCCUCCCUCCCGCCAUGGCCCUGAUGACUCUGCAUCGCUGCCCCAGCCCGGGUGCAGCAUCCUCGGCCAGCAGUGCGGUGGAGGACUUUGGAAGUGAUGAGGAUCGCAAAAAUAAUCAAUGUAACUGUGUGUCAUGACAAUCUAUGUUGUGGCAUGACCAAUCCUGUCUUGUGUGUCGUUGUCAGCCUCAGCGAGAGCUUCUUCAUAGUGAAGGGAGCCGGCCUCUUCCUCCAGCAGGGCGGCAGCACAGAGCCACCCGACAUGCCCACUCAGCACAAACACGCAGGAGACUUGCCUCAACACCUGCAGGUCAUGUUUAAGAUACUCCGCUCGGAAGAUCGCAUUAAGCUGGCGGUGAGACUGGAGAGCGGCUGGUCGGAGCGUGUGCGAUACAUGCUGGUGGUGUAUACAAGCGGCCAUCAGGACACGGAGGAGAACGUCAUCCUCGGGGUGGACUUGGCCCACCAAGACAGCUGCUCCAUCGGGAUGGUGCUGCCACUGUGGAGCGAUACCAACAUACACUUGGAUGGAGACGGAGGCUUCAGUGUGAAGACGGCGGGGCGCUCUCAUGCCUUCAAGCCCGUGUCCGUGCAGGCCAUGUGGUUCGCCCUUCAGGUGGUGCACAAGGCGUGCGAGGUGUCUCGCCGCUUCAGCUACUUCCCCGGCGGCCCGUCCUUCGCAUGGAUGGCCUUCUACGAAAGUCGCAUGUCGUCCGAGCAGAGCUGCGUCAACGAGUGGAACGCCAUGACAGACGUGGAGAGCACUCGCCCCGACUCACCUGCCAUCUUUGGGGACCAGCCAACUGAAAGGGAGCGAACGGAGAAUCUCAUUAAAGCCAAGCUACGUGGCAUCAUGAUGUUCCAAGACUUGGAGAACAUCACUUCCAAGGAGAUCCGCAACGAGCUGGAGCAACACAUGAGCUGCAACCUGAAAACAUUUAAGGAGUUCAUCGACAACGAAAUGCUGCUCAUCCUGGGUCAGAUGGACAAGGCCACGCCCAUCUUUGACCACGUCUACUUGGGCUCGGAAUGGAACGCUUCCAACCUAGAGGAACUUCGUGAUUGUGGCGUCGGUUACAUCCUGAACGUGACGAGAGAGGUUGACAACUUCUUCCCGGGCAUCUUUUCCUAUCACAACGUACGCGUUUACGACGAGGACGCCAGCGACCUGCUGGCCCACUGGAACGACACCUACAACUUUAUUGUGAAAGCCAGGAAGAACAGCUCCAAGUGCCUGGUACACUGCAAGAUGGGCGUCAGCCGCUCGGCCUCCACGGUGAUGGCAUACGCCAUGAAGGAGUACGGAUGGCCCCUGGAGAAAGCUUACAACUUUGUCAAGCAGAAGCGCAGCGUCGCUCAGCCCAACGCCGGAUUCAUGAGGCAGCUGGCGGAAUACCAGGGCGUCUUGGAUGCCAGCAACCAGCAUUACAACAAGCUGUGGAGACCCGGCGUGGAGGAGGAAGUCUCGGACGAUUUGCCAGCCUCAAGCGAGUGUUCAGAGCGCAAUGAGGACAAAGAGGAGGCCUGGGGGGUCUGCGGGGCGUCUCCCUGCCUGGGUCUGGAGAUGGAGCCCCUGGACUCUCUCAACUACAACUACUACUUUCGACGGUUGUCCGACUCGGCGCUGGACAGCGAGCCCUCUACGCCAGUACGAGGACCCCCCCUGCUGGGCAUGGAAAGGGUCUUCAUCGAGAUUGAGGACGUGGAGCGAGACGCCCUCCUGGAGGACGAGGGCUUCCCCGUGGCCCACCUGGCGUUGCCAAGUGGCGGCGGCGGGGGGACGGGGGCGCAGACCUGUGGGCGUCUGGACCCCCUGGAGGACAUGAGGCUGAGGCUGGAGUUCAGCACACUGGAGGAGGAAGACGAGGAGGAAGCCAAGAAGGAGGAGGCCGAGAUGGCCGCCUUGGAGGGGAAGAAGCACGCGGAGGAAAGCCGUCUCGGGCUGGCCAACUUGAACACCAACAACAGCAACCGGCUGGCCGCCAAGCGGAGCUGCCCGGCUGCGUUUGACGACAGUGCUAGCACGGGCAACCCUUUAAAAGUCAAACCCUCCUACCAGUCCUGCAAAGACUGCUGCCUUCGUCUACCGCAGGGUCGGCGCUGCGACCGCCCGUCCGGGACGCGGUCCCACCGCCUCAACCCCUCUCACCCAACUCGACACUGCACCCUCCCCACCAUCUGCAUCGACCCCCCCGGGACCAUUUUCAUUUCACAGUCUCUACCGGAUCCUUCCCCGCCGGUCUCGGCCCAGUCCUGCUCCUCCGCCGAGGUCCCACUUCUACGCCAGAAACUGGUCUCGCCCAUGAGUUGUGAAGACCCCACACAUGCUUGCAACUCGGCAGACGUAGAAGUUAUGGACGAACCAGAGGUCAAAGGACAGAGCAGUUCUCAGGCUUAGUCGGAAAUUGAGUGAAUCAAAACAAGACACAAAGUAUUAUGGACUUGUGAAAUCAACCCCAAAACAUAAAUUAAACAAGAAUUUAGCAAUUUGUGUUUGAAGUGGCAAAUUGAGUCUUUGGUGCAUCCUAGAAAAUGUGUAAAAAUACUCCGUUGACACCAUUUUCACCAAAUGACACGAGUGGGUGGACGUUUCUUUCAUAAGAGGACGCACGAAAGGAGCAAAUUGUUGUACUUUCACCGUCUCCUAUUUAUGAAUUUUCCCUAAUGACACCCUGUUGGAAGCGGGUAAAUUACACAAAUGGCUUUUUUUGUUGCUAUAAUUCAUCUGAUUUGGAUGUAACCUGGCAUCUAAGUUCAUUUUGAGGAUCUGGGGGAACACCCCCCAAAAAACAGCUCCGUCACAGCUUUCUUGUUUUUGUUGAACUGUAGCCUCUCCAAAGACAUUGUUUACAGUGUUUGUUUGGCCGAAGUUCCUGUUUUUGGUGUGCUCACACUCUUACAUUCACUCUUUCUCACACACACACACACACACACACAGAUGCCUACACAAUGGGUCAAAUCCAGAGUAAAGGCAAAACCUAAUUAUUGAAAUCUAACUAGUGGAGCAAGCUGGCAGCUCCUUGGGAUCCAGUAAACAUUAGCUAAGGUACAAGAGGAAGUAUUGCAGUUUGUCUUUAAAAAAUCCACACACAAAAUGUCCCACGUGGUGGUUAAAGAACACGCAGUCAGUGCGCUAUCUGAUAAAAGUCUGCUCCCAAAAAUGAAUGACGGUCAAAUGCACCCUACCAACCUUCAGUACUGUAACAUUGCUAAUUGUUUCACUGGACUUUAUUUUACAGUCUUCAGUUUUUUUUAAAAAAAUAAAAGCAUGGAAAGUGUGACACCCCCCCCCCCUCUCAAAAAAUAAAUAACAGCCGAAUCUCUU